CUCACCCUCAGCCGGGAUCCAGGGAUCAGGGGCCACAUCCUGUGUGCCGCUGGGAGGGCCGGGAGGGCCGGGACUCAUUAACCAGCCAGGACCAGCUGCAGGGAAGCCCAGCAGGACUACUGAAGACAGAUUUUGGUGGCUGAGCUGCAAUGGAGAGGAGAAGAGCCAACAGGGACCUGGGGUCUGAUACCCCCUAAUACCAGGACAGGGGGACCCCCAAUCUGCCUUCUUCUAUGGAGGGGGGAGAAGGGGCAAGAAGAUGAAGCAGACCCUGUCUGUGAAGGUUCUAUAGCCCAUUUUUUGAACGCAAGCGCGAUGUAGAAGGGCGAGGAAGAAGAGGUUUCUCUGGCUGCUGAGCGGGAAACCCCAUGAGUCCACCCCCUGCUGCCAUCGCCCAUGCUGGGCUCCGGAGAAUGGGGAGCACGGGCUCCACGUGUAGCUCGCCCACCUCUUUGGUCAAAGUAUGCGCCGAUCACAAGGGGGGAAUUAAUUGGUUGAGUUUGAGCCCCGAUGGGCGCCACCUGCUGACCGCGAGCGAGGACUGCACCGCUCGAGUUUGGAGAACAUCGGACCAUCAGUGCUGUAGGCUGCUGCAAGGACACGGCAGCUACAUAACGUUCUGUCACCUGGAGAACGAGACGGCGUUUACCUGCAGCGCUGAUCACACGGUGAGGAAGUGGGAGGUAUCCACAGGCCUGUGUCUGGCUGUUUAUACCGGACACACGUCAAUCGUCAACAGGAUCCUGGUCGUCAAAGACUAUGUAUUCAGCGGAUCUUAUGACCGGACAGCUCGCUGCUGGGACAUAGAGACCGCCAGGCAGUUACAGGUGUUCCAAGGCCAUCGCAACUGCAUCCUGAGCCUGGCGCAUUUUUCAUCCGAUGACAUCUUGGACGAGUCGGACAUGGAAGGCAACGAGGUGAAAGAAUUUAUCGUGACGGGGAGCACGGACUGUACGGUUAAAAUCUGGGAAGCGUCCAGUGGGUGUUGUUAUCAGACGUUACGGGGACAUUCAGGAGCCAUAAUGUGCAUCGUGCUGGAUACCCCAAACAGUGAGCUGUUCUCUGGAAGCAUGGACCAUACCAUUCGGAGGUGGAACAUGGCAACCGGCCACCAAUUAAAAGUGUACAAAGGACAUCAAGGAUCUAUUAUAUGCCUGGAGAUGGUUGGGCGACACUUGUAUUCAGGAAGUGCGGACAGGACGGUGAAGAGUUGGUUAGCAGAUACCGGAGAAUGCAUGCGCACGUACAAGACCCAUAAGCACACCGUCAGCACCUUGAAAUAUUACGGGGGAAUCUUAUUCACUGGAAGCGGCGACGCGUGCGCCCGAGCAUUUAACACAAGGUCCGGAACCCUUCAAAGAGUUUUCCAAGGACAUACCUUCAUCGUCAACUCUAUCCAGGUAGACAACAAUUUCCUCUACACCGCUUCUCACGACGGAACGCUCAGAGUGUGGGACAUCCGAGGCAGCUGCGAACAUCACAAGGUCCACAAGAAGAAGCAGUCCAUUCGCAGCAGCAACUCUCAGAAAGGAAGCCUGUCCCACAUCUUCCACAACAAAGUCGGCUGCGUAAUGGACCUAAACGGGGGUUGUGACCCUAUUGAGAUCGUGUGAGGCCACAACCUGGAAGCCGGAACACGAUAACGGGAGCCGUGACCCUAAAGAGUUGGUCCGAAGUCACAGAAAAACCUCACACCGGUGCCUGGACAACUGCUAAUUUUAAUGGAGAUGUUC